AUGGGAGUCUGCAGGCUGCUAUCGCUGGCCACUGCUGUGCUGGUAUUGCUGCUGGCCGUCCACCUCUACAGUCCAGUCCCAGAUGGCCUCGCAGAACCCUGGCUGGCCAGGACUUUCAUUGCGGCAUUUAGAUUUGCCAAGCUGGUUGCGGCCACAGCAAACCUGUUGACAGGGAUACCAACAGUCAGGGUUGUCAGAUGGCAGGUGGAUGUUUUAUAUAAACCAGUUUUCUUCAAUCAACCCGGGUUGUCUGUAGAAGACCGAAGCUUUGAUGGCAUACCAGUUCGAGUGUACAGACCAGACUCCGCUGGCAGUGCUGCCCCGUGUGUGGUGUACUUUCACGGAGGAGGAUGGAGUCUUUUCAGUGUGGAAACUUACCAUGAAGUGACAUCCAACUUGGCACUUAAGACAAAUGCUGUUGUGAUUUCUGUGAGUUUCAGGCUAGCCCCAGAACAUCCCUACCCAAUCCCAUUUGAUGACUGCCUGAAGGCAACCAGGCAUAUCUUGCACAACGGCAUCAACUACGGCAUAGACAGCCACAGGGUGGGCGUGGCAGGUGACGGUUCUGGAGCCAAUUUGGCAGCUGCUGUAGCUCUGCGUCUGUCAGAGGAAGAUCCCGAGUACACACCAGCUCUCAAGUUGCAGGUGUUAAUACAGCCAGCUCUACAAGCCUUCACCUUUGACACACCCUCGUUUCGACAGAAUGCCGAUUACACUCUUGGGACUAGGUCACAGAUGAUUGAGUUUUGGUGUUAUUACUUGGCAGUUGAACCCAGCCCAGCUGUGUUGCUGUCCUUCGAGACAAACAAACAUAUCUCAGCCAGUCUGAGGAGAUCCAUAUAUUCUGUAUAUUUUCAGGAAUAUAAACUGCCAGGGUACAUCAAACAGAACUAUGUAGAGAGCUCCCUAGGUGAGUACAGCCUUGAUUAUGACAAAGAUGUUUCACAGUCUGUGGAAGCUAAAGUUAUAGACCCAUUUGUUUCGCCACUGCUAGCGGAAGAUGUUUCCCGACUGCCGCAGACCUAUAUUUUGGUUGCCGAGUAUGAUGUUUUACGAGACGAUGGCUUAUUUUAUGCCUCUAGACUGUCCAACGGAAACGUCAGUGUUCGAGUGGAUUAUAUUCAUGACCAAACGCAGGGAUUUCUUGCACCUGGGGCAGAUGUUUGGUUCUUGAAGUCAGAAAAAUCCUCCGAGGUGUGGAAUAUAAUCUAUCUGUAUCUAAAACAAACAUUGUGA